AUGGCUUUCAGCAAGAUCCAGAUGCCUUUGAACCUGAAACUCAGGUACCGCAACAGCUUCAUUGAUGUGGACGACCAGGAUGGUGACAUGACUGGUGGAUCUCAGGUUCGCGCCAGCAGCACCCCGCCAGCGUUCUUGAGGACUUUCGAAGAGGUGGACGAGAACGAGAACGGCCUGCGCUUCUAUGUGGAGAAUCUCUCGAAAAAGCUCCAGGCUGAGGGCUAUGAUGCAGCUAGCCCCUCCGCGAGCACCGAAGAAGGUGCGGUGCCGCGGUGCGAUCGGAUAGUCCCCCUGGAAAGUGAAGCCAAAAAGGCACACCCAAGUCCUCCAGCGACGGUGAAGGUGAAGGUUGGGUUUCGUCUGAUGGGCGUCCAAUUUUGCCCAGCACCGGAAGUCUGGGUCACCCCGAGGUCUGCCGCCGUCCGUGCAUCUACUUCUUGGCAGGCCACUGUGCCAACGGCAAUCAGUGCACCUAUUGCCACCUUCCUCAUGAGGAACCUUGGCGGGAGCAUGAUGGUCUUGGAGAAGACACCAAAGCUUGACAAGCGACAACGCACCAUCAUGCAGGGCUUGAGCCGCCGGGAAUUGCUGGCGCUCGUCCUGCACUUCUGCCGCUUGAAGGCGGAACAGGACGUGCGCAAUCUUCACAAGACCUUGGCGCGAAUGAAUUUCUCCAACCUCAUUGGCUUGGUCACCCACCAGUCUCCCAGCAGGGCCAAGCAGACGCCUGAAAGUGCCGAGAAGUUGGCUGAUGCUCUGGAGAGGAUCACCAUGAGAUUGCAGGCUGCGUGGUCAUUUCGUCCAGCAGGAACAGUGAGAGACGGUCAGCUAGACGAGGAUGAGAACGAGGAUGGCAACGCGGAAGAUGAAGUCGAUGAGGACAAGGCGGUGCUACCGAAAUCGCCAGUCUGCAGAAGUCGUGACGGUCGCAAGCUGAAUGGAGUUCACCCCUUCACGGCCUCGAUGGGCUGA